AUGAGCCACCCGACUCGUGUCGACGACCUGUAUGAUAAACAGGUUCCCCGUCCGGCUAAAUCGCCAGCCAAGACGGCUCAGCCCGUAGAUCCGGUUCUGUACGAGCGCCUCAUCAAGCGGCACCAGACCUCGUCGGAGCGCCAGCAAGAAGGUCAAGCCAAAGGCUACGGACGCGUGCUCGAAGCAGACCUUGCCCGCGGGGAGACUCGUCUCUCCGCGCUCGCCACCGAGGCCGCAGGCGAGCAGAGGGAGGAUUUGUCGCCGGCCAGGCACAGGUGGCACGCUGCGUCGGAUAUAGACAAUCCCUGGGACGGGGAAGCGAGCACUAAGGAGCAGGGUUCUGAGUUGUGGAGGGAGUUUCUACGGGAGCGCUUUAUACGCGGCGGGGAUGAGGACGUUGACUACGCCAAGGUAGAUGGCAAUGAGGAGCUUGAUGUGGUGUUGCGGCGGGACGAGGAGGAUCAGUGGUUUGAGGACGAGGAGCCGAGCUGGGUUGGGGAAAGGGACGCGGCGGGCGAGACUGGGGUGCAGGAUUUUUGA